AUGGCGGGCAUGGAGCAGCUGCAGAUCCACAGCAAGUCGUACCUUGUGCGAUGGAUCAACGUCCCCGCCGGGCACACCAUCUCCUGGAGCAUUCAGCCGCACAAAAAGUCCGUGAACUUCGGCAUCUUCAAGCAUCCGGGCACCAAGAACGGCGAGGCCCCCAACCUCCCCUCCACCGUCGCCGCCGGCAUCAACGACGCUCCUACGACUGCAGCCGGCGGCGAGACUGCCGCGGGCCGGCCCCGCGGCUCCUCUAUAGGCGGCAAUGGCAUUGGCGCAAACGCGUCACGGAACGACAGGACACUGGUGGUGGAAAAGUUACAAAGUAUAGGAUUAAAACCGGUCUCCUGGACAGGCAAAUGCGAGGCAGACAAAGUGUCGAUGGGCCGCUAUGACGUGUCCGAGGGCGAAGGAGGCAUGUACGGCCUGGUGUUCGACAAUACCUUCUCCAAGCAGGUCUCGAAGACUGCAACCUUUGUGCUCAUGACGCACCCCACCCAUGCCGCGCCGAAAUCUGGCCAUCACCUGCACUUCUCGCAGGCAGUCGGCGGCUCCAGCCCAAAUCUGCCGCCAGGAGACUUUGGCGAGUCGAACGAGUCUCUGGCACAGGAACCUAUGGUCGCGGCCGACCCGAGACCCCGCUCUCGCCACGUCGCAGAGGCCACGACGCCUGGCGGCUCACUUUUCUACACCGGCGUGCUGCUGAAGAAGAGGAGGAAGAGAAACCAGGGAUUCGCACGCCGUUUCUUUUCGCUGGACUUCACCUCGUCGACGCUGUCGUACUACCAGAGUCGCAACUCCUCUGCAUUGAGAGGCGCCAUCCCGCUUUCUCUUGCGGCCAUCGCCGCAGAUGAGAGCACGAGGGAAAUUUCUGUUGACUCGGGAGCGGAAGUGUGGCAUCUGAAGGCCAACAACAAGAAUGAUUUCGAUGCCUGGAAGAAUGCUUUGGAACGAGCAUCGAGCGAAGCAAAGGGCACCGAGACCCCCGAGGACACCAAAGAACAAGACUUCAAGUGGCCGACACCUGGACAGCCUGGUUCCGAGCAAAUUGACCGCGACUGGGGACGCAUCGAGGCUUUGGUCGGACGCGUUUCCGGCAUCCGGGAUGCUGUGAGAAGAUUGGCCAAGGAUACGGAUCCGAAGAGCCCCUCCGCCGCACCAUCAGGUGCGAGCAGCAUCAAGGGCGGCAUCAGCAGCGUAACGAGCCCAGCCGAAUCAACGGCCUCUGGGGACUACUUCAACAACGCCAAUGUGGACGACGAUGCCCGUUCUGAAAAGAAGUCUGCGGCAUUCUGGAAGAGGAAGCCUAGCGCCUCAGCAGGAAGUGUUCACAGAAAAAGCAUCACCUCGCAAAUCGGCCCUGCUUCUCCACCAUCCGUGCCGCCAGUACCUCCGCUUCCCACCACGCCUGGAUCGACCUUGACUGUGCCCAAGGUCCGCGCAAACGUCGCUGGAGCAUCCGAUGAGAACAUCCACGACAAUGUCCUGGCCAUCCUUCGUGAUCUGGAUUUUGUUGUAUCAGAGUCCGCCGCCCUGCUUGCUCAAAACCGCCUCAGACGCGCACCUACUGGAUCGCACGCCGAGUCUCGGAAGAGUAUGGAUUCUAUGUCCGAGGACGAAUUCUUUGAUGCUACCGGCGGAGAGGAUGAGGACCAAGGAAAAUCCAACCUGCUCACCAUCCGUCGCGACAGCAACGAUGAUACGGGAGACAAGAACGAAGAUGUCUCAGACGGUGAGUCGGAGGCCAGCAGCGAAGGUGAGGGCAUCGGAGCGUUCGACCGGGCAAACCGUGAGGGGCUGCCUGGUUUGUUCCCAGCGAAGCCGAAGUCUCUCUCCCCGUUACCCAUGGACAAGGUGCAACGCCGCACAACGGUUGCCGCACCAAAGGUUGCUCCUCCAAGCUUGAUCGCCUUCCUCCGCAAGAACGUCGGCAAGGACCUCUCCACGAUCGCUAUGCCGGUCUCUGCAAACGAGCCUACCAGUCUGUUGCAACGUGUGGCCGAGCAGAUGGAGUACUCGGAGCUCAUCGACGCUGCCGUCAACGCGCCUGCCGAGGACGGCUCACGUAUCCUCUACAUCAUGGCAUUUGCCAUUUCCUCAUUCUCCAACGCACGCGUCAAGGAGCGCGCGAUUCGCAAGCCCUUCAACCCCAUGCUGGGUGAAACAUUCGAGCUCGUGCGUGAAGACAAAGGUUUCCGCUUCCUCGCCGAGAAGGUGUCACACCGGCCAGUGCGCAUGGCGUGCCAGGCAGAGGCCAAGGAGUGGACGUUCCUGCAGUCUCCCAUGCCCGUCCAGAAGUUCUGGGGCAAGUCGGCGGAGCUCAACACGGACGGCCGCGCGCGCGUCUUCCUGCACAACCCCAACCCGAACAACCAGGGCGAGCACUACAGCUGGACGGUCGCCACCUCCUUCCUGCGCAACAUCAUCGCCGGCGAAAAGUACGUCGAGCCCGUCGGCACCAUGACGGUGGUCAACGAAACGACGGGCGCCAAAGCCAUCGCCACGUUCAAGGCCGGCGGCAUGUUCGCGGGCCGCAGCGAAGAGGUCUCGGUCCAGGCCUUCGCCCCGCCCGACCAGGGCGGCGCCCAGCUCUCGCUCGGCCUCGCCGGCAAGUGGACCGCCGAGCUGCACUUCACCCGCGACGGCGCCGACACCAAGCAGGCCGCGUGGAAGGCCGGCGCCCUCGUCGACCAGCCCGAGAAGCGCUACGGCUUCACCACCUUCGCCGCCGCCCUCAACCAGGUCACGGCCGUCGAGGAGGGCAAGGUGGCCCCGACGGACAGCCGCCUGAGGCUCGACCAGCGCGCCGUCGAGGACGGAGAGCUCGACCAGGCGGAGGCGCUGAAGGCGAAGCUGGAGGAGAGGCAGAGGCAGCGGCGGAGGGUGAUGGAGGAGCACGGCCAGCAGUGGAGUCCGAGGUGGUUCGUCAAGGUCGCGGGGGGUGAGGGUGGUGAGGGUGGCGCGGCGGGCGGUGCGGACGGUGCGGGUGCCGGUGCCGCCGCUGGGGGCGAGGAGGAGUGGAGGUUGAAGACGGGUAAGGAUGGGUAUUGGGAGGAGCGGGCGGCGGGGAAGUGGACGAAUGUUGUGGAGGUUUUGGAUGCGUGA